AUGACAAAUACAUUAGAACUAUUUCCUAAUGAAAUAUUUAUUGAUAUAUUUGCUUAUUUAUCAUGGGAUGAAAUGUUAACAUUGUUUUGGUCAUUAAAUAAACGCCUGAAUUCUCUUAUUUGUUCAACUUUUUCAAUAAAUCAAAGUGGAAUUACUAUUAUUCAACCAGGUUUGUCUUAUGAAAGAUUUUCAUCGGAAUUAUUUCCAUUAAUAUUUAAUUCACAACUUACUUAUUGUAUUCAACAUAUUCAUUUGGAUGAAAUCAAUUCAAAUUCUUAUAAUUUGUUCAAUAAUAAUAGAAACAUUCUUCAUUAUCCGAAUCUGAAAUCACUUAUUUGGACUAAAUGUUAUUUAUCCGAAUUGUUAAUUGAAAGUUUAUCUUUACUUAUUCAAUAUUGA